UUCGAAUAGCUCAAGAUCAAAUCUCAUACAUUGCCUAUAGACAUGUUUUGUCCACACACACACACACACACACAGCUUGACACAUCAUGGAUAUCAAAAAUGCAGCUUGACGAUUUGAUCGCUAUGAUGAUGAUGAUGAUGAUGGCACCGAUGAUUGCGUAACUUUUCUCCAUAUGCCCUUAUCCAGUACAUUUUAAAAUUACACACACACACACACAAGUGAUGAUAAUGUCUUAAAUCACUAAUUUGAGAUGACCACACACACACACACAACAUUCAUGUGGUUGAUCUCUGUAUUAGUGCCGUCCGUUAGACUCACAUACACCGCCACCACCACGUACAAAAUAGAAAGAAAAAUCGAUGCUAAAAAUGAGAUACAUUUGGAUGUAUGGAAUGGACACUGGGCUUCAUCGUUUUUUUUUCGUAUAUAAAUACGGCAGGCAUUUUUUUGAAAUAUUGGCCAUCCUGAUCAAAUUCGAAACGACAGCGCGAAGCCAUAAACACAUUGAUAUAUAAUAAUUAAAUUUAAAAUCAAUCGAUCAUGAAGACCAAACAAUUGAUAUGUAUGCUGGUCAUCACCGGUUUAUUGGUCAGUAUAUUUCUAGUACCAACAGCCGAUGCUGAUAAGAUGUUAUUAAAAGCAUUAAAGCUGAAAAAAUUAUUUCUACUCAAAUGGCUAUUACUCAAAGAUAAAUUACCUGAAUUUGAAUUGGUAUUCAAAAAGAAACCGACCAUUUGUCUUGAUUGUUAUCAUUAUGUUAAUGAACCUAAACAUCAUUAUUAUCCACCACCGCCAUCAUAUCCAAGAUAUUAAUCAAAAAAAAAAAAACAACCAACCAACCAAUAACCAAUAAAGAAAAAAAAAUACAAUACAACAAAUCAAUAAAUCAAUAAUACUCAAUUGUUCCAAUGUGCACAUAUCAAUUAAUCAUUGUAUCAUAGAAUACCAUCAACAUUUAUUCAUAUGUUUCAAAUCCUAAAAUACCCAAUCAAUAAUGUUGCAAUGUUUGACCAUGACAUCAUCAAUCAUUAUUGUCCAUAUAGCCAUUUUGUCUUGUCAUUACCGAAUUUAAUAUAUAAAAAAAAUCAAAUGUGCUAUGUGUAUGAAUAAAAUUAAGUUAUCUACAAAUU